AAAACAGAAAUAUUUCUUUUGUGGAAGAAAUCGUAAAAACUUGCCGUUGGCUACACUGAACUCACCAGGCGGUUUUGGUUACUUUUUUUGCGACAAAUGUCAACUUGACGUUACGUUUUGAACCGAUAGCAGUGAUAACAUCACCAUGUCCGACGAUGAGGACGCGCCUUACGUGAAAAAAACCAAAAAUAUUCACUACGGCUCGUUGGAGGAAGCGGAAAGAGCUAGGUUAGCAGCCGGCGAUGGGAACGAUGAUAGCAAUGAAAAGGCCGAAAGCACGUCGGCGAACCCGCCACAGGUUCACAUUUCCACAGAAUACAUGGAGCUUGAGGACGCCAUGUCCCGCGACAAGCAAGCCCUCUUGGAGGAAUUCGAGCGUCGUCGUAAAGCGCGCUCUAUUAACGUCUCCACCGAUGACGCCGAAGUGAAACGAAACCUUCGCCAAUUGGGAGAACCGAUCUGUCUAUUCGGGGAAGGACCGGCAGAUCGGCGUUCACGCCUCCGUGAAAUACUAAGUCGUAUCGGUGAAGACGCAGUCAUUCGACGCGAAGCCGAAGAAGAACGUAAAAAUUUCGAAAAAGAUCUCGAAACAACGUGGUAUCAUGAAGGCCCCGAAAGUUUGCGAAUAGCCAGAUUAUGGAUAGCGCACUAUUCACUGCCGCGGGCCAAAGCCCGGCUUGAGGAAGCCAGAAAAGCGAAGGAUUUAUCAACGGCUACUAGAACAGCCAAGAAGCAGGAAAUACAGAAAAAACUCCAGAUUAUGUCGAUUUAUUCGAGUCAGAUUGGCGAUUCGAGACCUAUUGCCUAUUGCCAGUUUAGUCCAGAUUCGAAACUUUUAGCCACAGCUGGAUGGAGCGGGUUGUGUAAAGUGUGGUCAGUGCCCGACUGCACACUCAAACAGACCCUGAAAGGUCACGCCUGUAAUGCCAGUGCUAUUAUUUUCCACCCUAGAGCAACAAUCAGCCAGGAGGAAAAUAUUUGCAAUAUGGCAUCGUGUGCAGCCGAUGGUUCAGUAAAAUUGUGGGAUUUUCAAAGCGAGGAACCGAUCGCUGAUAUCGAGGGCCAUAUGCCACAUCGUGUCUCCCGGUUGGGCUUUCAUCCCUCUGGAAGGUUUCUCGGGACUUGUUGCUUUGACUGUUCCUGGAGAUUGUGGGAUUUGCAGCAAUGCACCGAAGUUUUACACCAGGAAGGACACGUCAAACCUGUCUAUUGUAUUUCCUUCCAGAUUGAUGGAUCGGUCUGUGCCACAGGUGGUUUAGACUCAUUUGGACGUGUGUGGGACUUGAGGACCGGAAGAUGCAUCAUGUUCAUGGAGAGUCACUUAAAGGCGGUUCUAGGGAUAGAUUUUUCCCCUGAUGGCUACCACAUUGCCACGUCUAGCGAAGACAACACUUGCAAAAUUUGGGAUUUGCGCAAACGUUCCGUCUUGUACACAAUCCCAGCUCAUACGAAUUUAAUUUCGGAGGUGAAGUUUCAAAGGGACGGCGGCGAUUACCUAAUUACUUCAUCGUACGAUAACACGGCGAAAUUGUGGACAAAUCGGACCUGGCAACCGUUGAAGACCCUGUCAGGUCACGACGGUAAAAUCAUGUCAGUUGACAUCUCCCCCGAUAAUCAGUACAUAGCCACGGCGUCGUACGACCGCACUUUCAAAUUCUGGGCCCCCGAAGAGCCCAAAUAACAAUUUUGUACAAAUAAAUAAAACAUUGUUAAUUGGA